AUGACAUUAUAUUAUUCAAGUAAUCAAAAUUUUAUAUUUCGAAUUGGAGCAUUUACUUCAAUACCAGAUGUUUAUGAUUGUUUUGCAAAUCUUCCAAAAAAAUCAUGUAAAAAACCAGGUGCUGAAAUAGAAAUGAUUCAACUAGUAAUGACUUUAUUAAAUUGGAAUUGGACUAUGAUUGAUGUUGUAAAAGAAUAUGGUAUUGAAUCUCAGUAUGGAGAUCCAUUACCAGGUAAUCCAAAAAAUUAUACUGGUAUAAUUGGAUUACUACAAAAAGGACUUAUUGAUAUGGCAGUACCAUCAAUGAAAAUAACAGUUGAUAGAGAACAAAAUGGUUCAAUAAUUUUUUCAUAUCCUUUUAGAUUUUUUCAACAAAUUUAUAUAAUUGAAACACCAACUGAGGCUGAUUUUAGAAAUUUUAUUUUUACAACUUUUACAACUGAUGUUUGGCUUAUGAUAAUAGCUUCAGUCAUAUCAGUUAUUAUAUUAGAAUUUCUUAUAUUAAUGUUAGAAGAAAAAGAUAUGCCAUUAUUACAAAAAAUAAGUGAUAGUGUUACAGAACCAAUUGGUAUUAUACUUAGACAAAGUGUUAAAAGACAUAAAAGUAUUGCACAUUUUAUUUUUCAAGGAAAUUUAUUAUUAAUGUUUGUUGUAAUUUAUGUUUAUUUUCAAUCUAUUAUGAAUAGUAGAUUAACAGCUCCUGAAAAACAAGAUUUACCAUUUACAAAUCAAAAAGGAUUUUUAGAUAUACUUGAAAAGGGAGAAAGAUUUCCUACAUAUAUUGAAGAUAAAAUGCCUGAUUGUAGUAAUGAAGAAAAUUGUAAAAGAAUGCCUCAAAUAUUUAAAAAAAAUCCAAUACGUUUAGGUAAUACUUUUGAUGAUAUUGUUGAACAAAUAAAAAAAGGUGGAAUAUAUUAUGCAGAUUAUGAUAUUGACUUUAUUCCUGAUGUAUCAAGUGUUUGGUCAUAUAAAGAUAGUAUGACUAUUAUCAGAGAUCCAACAGGUAUUCGUUCAUAUGGAGGAUUUGCAUUUAAUAAAAAAAAUGUCCGUCUACGUAAUGAUUUUAAUAAUGCACUUACCAGAAUAAUGGGAGGAAUUACUCAAAUAAAUUUAGCUUCUGGUUACAAUGAAAGAAAACCAUCUACUAGUAAUUCAGUAACACCUCAAAAAGUAACUCUUAGUCUAUUUAAACAUUUUGAACAAUUACUUUUAAUAUUUGGAAUAGGAAUAGGUAUAUCUAUUGGUAUAAUAAUAAUUGAAAUUUUAUUAUUUAAAUUUAAAACGAUAAAAUUAUUAUUGAUAAGGCAAUUUAAAUAA